UCCAAACACACAAAAUUUUCUUCUCUGCGUUAUAAUGCCGAUAAUUGAAGGAAUUCUUGUUAACGGUGUAACUGAAAUUUUGAAGAAGUUGAUUCCUUUUAUAAUUCAAAAUAUUUGUGUUGCAAAGGGUUUUAAAACUGAGCUGAAAAAUCUUCAGGUUACUUUGGAAGUAGUACUAACUGUGAUCGAGGAUGCUGAGACGAAACAAAUUGAUGAUAUUUGGUUGCAAAGGCAUAAAGAUGUUGCUUAUGAAGCUGAAGACAUACUUGAUGAUUUCUCAUAUGAAGUCAGGCGAAGGCAGCAUGAGGCAGUACGCGAAAGAGACAAGGUACAUCGGAACUUUUUCGGAAAUUAA